GGCAGAGAGAAAAAAAAAACAAUAGACCAGGCGAGAAAACAUUUAAUUGUUUACAUACUGGGAAACUUUUUGUUUCUGUUCAGAUAUUUUUCUAAUUGCAUAAAUUUUCGGGAAAUAAGUUAAUUUAUGUCUGCAUGAAAGCAAAUGUCAUUUUCUUCUCAUCCCUCUGUGCAGUUAUCUCUGAAAUAAAAAAUGUGAAAUUUUCAAAUCUAAAAUAUUGUGGUUUUCAAUAUGAAACCACUUGUAAAAAAAGAAAAAUCUUCAUCAGCUUCAGAAGAAUUAGCCACUCAAAGACCAAAGCGAACUACUUGUCAAAAAAGUUUUGAUAAUCGAGGCAUAUUAUGGCGAGAGGAGACUGAUUUGAAAAAAGCAUUGUAUGCUUCAUUACAAGAAACACGAAAGAAAAACUUAGAAGAUGAGGAUGAAGAACUUGAAGAAGAAGAGGAAAAAACUGAUAAUCAUGUUCCUCCUGAAAAUGGAGAAAAUGAAAGUCCAAAAAAAGUAAAAGUUCAUGCUCAGCGUAAGUUUGCUCAAGGAUCAACGCCUACCAGCCCAGUUCCAACUCCUCAAAAAGUUCCUAACCUAAAUAAUUCUACUACAGAGCUUAUACCUUAUCGAAGACCAAAAACAGAAGAUUUUUUAACAUUUUUAUGUCUUAGAGGUACAUCUAUUUUGCCACCUUCUUUGGAUUUUCUAAAUUGUUGCUCAAAAAGUGAUACGAGCUCAGAAUGCCGCAGUUUGAGUCCAGAUCUUGAUGUAACCGAGUGUGCUUCUGCAAUUGUGAAAGGAAAUGAACUUAAAGAUAAGAUCCAUGUCAAACAGGAAAAUGUUCCAAAUGGAAUUUCAAAGAAGCACACAGCUUGCAAAGCCUCUUCUAAAAGACACCCAAAUGGACCUAUUCAAUUAAAAAAAUCUAAAUCUCAGAAAGAGGUUUCAGUUGUGAAAAAGCGGAAAUCCCGAGAUGAAAAUGAUAGCGAAUUCAUACCUUCUUAUAUUGGACAAACUGUUACUUCAUCAACCAGUGGUAGGACUCGAGCAUCCACUUUAAAUGCUCUUCGUGAAAAGUACAAGAAACAAAGACUUGCUGCUGGCAAGAAAAAAAAUCUUCCAGCUUCAAGUACAACUUCCGCUGAUAAGAAAUCUUUGAAACCUAAGCCUGUAAAUGAUCAACACAAUUCUAAGAAAAAGUCACAGAAUAAUAUUUCUACUAGAAAUCAAAAUAAAUCUACCUCAGCUAUAGUUAAUAAAUUAAAAUCUACUAAUCUUGAUAAAAAGCUUGCUAUUGAAAAACGGAAAUCUUUAAGAUCAGCUCAUUUUACUAAAGGGCCUAGUCGUAGAAAGACCAUUGGUUUAAAUAAAAAGACUAUGUUUUUAAGAAGAGCUAAGUUAGUUCCUCCAAUUGUUGAUGUAGAUUCUGAAAGUGAACCUGAAGUUCUAAAUUCAGCUCCUGAAAAAAAAUCAGCUCAGAAAACAUCUCCAAAAUCUGAAACUGAGAAAAGAAUUAAGAAAAUUCAAAGUUCUACUACUGAAGCAAAAACUAAGGCUGCUUUGACUUCAAGACAGAUCUUACUUAGAAAACAUAUGCAAAAUAGACUUAAGGCAAAAAAAUCGGUUCUUCACAAUAAAAAUCUCAAAUCUAAGAUUAUUACUAAGCAUUCAGCUGUUAAACAACACAUUUUAAGAAAAACACGAAAAAAUAUAGGCUUGAAAACUACCAUGUCACUAAGAAAAGACCAUCAAAAUAAGAGAGUUACUCGAAGUGCCAAACAACAAAUAGAAGAAAUGCUUUGGGCAAAUCCCGAAAAGCGUACUCGAAGCCAGUUGACUAAAACGAUAACUCGUAAAUCAUUGAAAAAACGCAGUAUGGCGGACACCCAACCUCUUAAGAAACCGAAAUUGGAUGUCCCAGGGAAAGGAAGAGACAGUAGACAAACUAGAAACUGUGAUAACUUAAGUAAACAUAAUUCUACCAAUCUAGUUAAAAAUCUUUCUAAACCUCAGAGAGAUAAAGACUUAACUGAUAGUUCCAAACAAGGCUCAUCUAAAGGAAAGACAGCACCAGACUCUUUGCAAAGUGUGAAGCGCAUGAAAACUAUUUCAGCCAAAGAAACAAAACCUUCAUCAAAUAUAAUGAAUUGCAAUGAUCUUGUUGCACCAGCCAAACCUUCCAUUCCUAAGUCCAAAACUGAUAUUAAACCUAAACUAACCAAAACUGAAAACUCCACAAAUGCUCAUAAAACUGAUGCAAUUUCUAAGUUAGAUAGUAAAUUAAAAAAUGAAAAAUGUGAACCCGUAAAAUCUAGUUCUAGUUUAGGAGCAGAAAAUAGUAAGUCUGAAAAUAAUUCUAAAUUUGGAAAUAAAACAUUGUUAAAUACUAAAUCAAAGACUGAUGACGCAAAAGUUAUGAAUAAAAGUUCUAAAAAUUCAAAUCUUAAAGCUCUUCAAAUGAAUUCUCAUGAUUCUGAAAAUGGUAAAAAUAUUUCUAAAAGUACCAAACUUGUCGAUAAUUUACUCAAUCAAAGAGAUGUGACUAAAAAUAAUAACAUAGCCCUUCAGAAGUCUAAUGUUUCUGCCCCUAGUACUAUUAGUUGUAAGCAACCAGUUAAUGAAAGUGGAAAAAGUUUGAAUCACAUAUCAAAGACUGAAAAUUCAUUUAGGCCUAUCGUUAAUAACAGCAAAGUCUAUCCGUCAAAUGAUUUUAUAAAUAAUACAGAAAGAGAAGAAUUUGACAGAAAAGUCUCUAAGGAAUCUAUAAUUACCUCUAAUAUUGACAAAUAUGGUAUUUGUGAAUUGAAUAAAAAGGGGAAUGACUUUAAAGAACUUAAUGUUCAAAAUAAUUUAAAUAUUAACAAAAUAAAUAAAACUAAUGACAAGGACAUUUCAAAGUUAAUGACUCUUAAUGUUGAAUAUGAAGAAACAUUCAGUCCACCAUCUUGUAAACCUAGCACAAGUGCAUCCAUUACAAAUGAAAAUUCUAGUAUAGAAGCUUCUUUUGACGAUAGUUUUGAGCUUUCUCCUACCAAAUCUUUGUUCAAAAAACAUAAUGAUAAAAAGUAUAUCAAAAAAGCUCUAAAGCUGAAUGAUACCAAGCUAUCCCAUAAAAACCCUGACAAAAGAACUCAAAUCAAAAGUAUGGAAAAGUGCUUUGAAAGCUCCAAAGAUCUGUUUAAAGGUCACUUAAAUAAAUUUAAUGUAGUUUCUAGUAGUAAUUCUACAAAUAUUCCCGUAAGUAAAUGUAAUAACUUAGUGUUUGACUAUACCUCAGAUUCAGAUAGCUUUUCAAGUAGUGAAGAACUUAGUAAUCUUUUCAAAAAGAAAGAUAUUCCUGAAAACGAUUCAUCUAAAAAAAGUUAUUCUAAUUCUUGUAUUAUAACUGGAAAAUCAAAAAAUGAAAGAGUCUUAAAUGAAUCUUUAUCUGAAAAAGGAAAAGAUAUGUCUUUUUCUAGUAGCAAGGAUAGUUUGAUUGCAGCAAAUUGUGUGAGUCACAACAAGGAUAAAAUUGUUAAGGUUAAAGAAAAUGAUAAAAUAAAAAAUGUGGUUAUUCAUUCCUUUAAAAAUGAUGUAGACACUGAUGAUUCUGAUUGUGACUUAACUAUAGAAGAAUACUUAAAAUUAACAAAGUCAGUUGUCUCCCCAUCUACAAAAAUUGCUUCUUUAAAUGCCACCUCAAUUAAGAAAGAAGUUAAUUGUAAUAGUAGCCAUGUAACAAAUGAAAGCAAAAGCAUAAAGCACUUGAAAAAAGAAUCAGAAAAAUGUUUAAAAAAGGAUGAUAAUUGCAUUACGAGAGAUUGUGAAAAAGAAGCACAAAAAUCUAAAAAGGAUGAAGUACAAAAGCUUAAAAAGGAAGGUGAAAAAGAAACACAAAAACCUAAAAAAGAAGGGGAGAAAGAAGUUCAAAAAUCUAAAAAAGAUGUUGAAAAAGAAGUACAAAAAAUUAAAAAAGAAGGCAUUUCCUCCAAACACAAAAAAGACAAGGAGUCCAAAAGUAAGAGUCAUGACAAAUCAUCCAAAAAAGAUGAUAAAAUGAGCAAAAAAGAUCCUGAGAAAUCCUUAGCUAAACUUUUAAAAAAAGGAAAGGAUCGGUUAAAAUCUAGUAAAAAGGAAGAAAAAUCUAAACAUAAGAGAGAUGGAUCUUGUAGCUCUAAGUCAUCUAAGCGAGAAUUUGAUAAGGAUGGCUCAAGGCUAAGGAAGGAAUCGGAAAAGGAUAAUGGCUCUUUAGAAAAGCUGUGUGAAAAAAGGGUGGAAUUUCUUGAAAUAAAAAAAGAUAAAAGUAGUAAAAAAGAGUCUUCGAAAGUAUCAAGAUCAAACAGCUUAGAAGAGACUAAAUCACCUAAAAAGAAAAAGAAAUAUAAUGAGUUUAAGGACAUAGAAAAAAUUAAAAAUUUAAUUAGCAACUCUAGUAUUUUGAAUGAAAUAUCUGGAUUUAAAGCUUUUAAACGUAGGCUUUCAGGAGACAAAUCCGAGCUUAAAAAGCGCUUGUCUAAAAAGAAACAAAAAAAACUUGCUCUGUUGAAAGAAAAGAAAUUGUCUAAGAAGCUGUCUUCAAAACUCUUAAGAAAGUAUUCCAAAAAGAAAGGUCUUAAAUCAAAAAAGAAUAAGCUCAAAAAGAAAGGAUUGAAAAAAGAGUUGAAAAUGUCUAGUCUAAAUAAAAUUCAUUCUAAAAAUAAAAAACAGAAACAUAAAAUAAAAGACCAUCAUCGAAAAGACAGUGUGGAAAAAACUAAACCAUUUGAUGCAACAUUAGUAAAUAUGAACAAACUGAAUACUUCCUGUUCCCUUACAACUCAAACAAUUCCUGACAAAACCAAUGUUCUUCUCCCCCUCUCUGAUCAUAAAUUAAAUGUUUCCUGCUCUGUUAAUAAUGCUCAGACUUCUACAAGUGACAUAGGAGUUUCUGCUAAUUUCCAUAUUGAAAACGUACCGGAAGUAAUACCUACGAUUGAAACAGCUGUAGUAGCAUCAAACAUUGCACAAGCCGCCAUUUCAACCGAUUUAGCGUUCGGCUCUAGCGAAGAGAUAGCUGCUGAAUAUGCUGGUGUUAUCGAAGAAGGAUUUCCUCCCGGCGCAAUUUCGCUUGCUACUAGAGAUAGUGUUUCCCAAGUUCCUGUUCAUUUUAUCCAAGAUGCACAAUUACCUAAAAUCAUGGCUGAUGCUGCCACCAAUACAUGUGAAGAAGAUAUUGAUGAAGUUAUAAGUUCAAUACCUGAACACUUAAGAAAUGAUGAAAUGUCAGUUGGUACGCAGACAAUUACACCCACUGGCUCUCCUUCACCAACCCUUGAGAAUCGAUCCAUCGUACCAGCCGAUUCUGCACAAUCUUCUACUUUGAACCUUACAAAUAGGAGACCAUCCAAUUCUGAUUCGUCUUCAAAAGCUAAUGUUACUGCAAUAUCUACCCCUGUACCAAAUCCUACCAAACUACUCACAGAUUCAAAAAGUUUAGCAUUGCCUGUGUCAUCUCCAUCUUCUUCUAAGGAUUCCACUGACAUUUUAACCGAAUCUUCAGAAAAUACAGUUCCUACUAAGCAGUCUUCAAUUUCUGAUAAAGGUUCUCCAUCAGGAACUUCUGAAACAUCUACAUCAACACUUAAUUCUAAAAAAGUGCCAAUAAAAAAUUUUGAAAAAUCUGAUGAUUCAACUACGCCACUCAGUUCCAAGAAAGAUACUGCGACUAAAAAUGAAUCUGUGCCAUCAAAAAUUAAAAAAAGGACACCAAGCAUUAAAAAGCAUAAAGUGGAAUCAAACUUCACAUCAUCUAAAUCUGAAUCAUUUCCUCUGGAUGUUUCAAAAAUGGUUUCAGCCCCUACUUAUUAUCCUACAUCAGAAGAAUUUCGAGAUCCACUAGAAUAUAUUUCUAAAAUAUAUCCUGAAGCUGAACAAUUUGGAAUCUGUAAAAUUGUGCCACCCUCAUCUUUUAAGCCUGAAUGCAAAGUGAGUGAUGACUUGAGAUUCAUGGCACUUAAUCAGUAUUUACAUAAAAUGUUAUACAGAUGGGGUCCUAAUGUUCAACAUACAGCUUGUAUAAGAAAACAUCUUAAGUCCCAAAAAGUUAAAUUAGAACAAUCGCCAUUGAUUGGAGGCAUAGAGUUAGAUAUUUCAAAAUUUUUCCAUACAGUUCAACAAUUAGGUGGCUUACAGCAAGUUAUUGAAAAGAAGAAAUGGCAGAAAGUUGCUGAUGCCUUGCGAGUUCCUAAAGCUGCUCAGGAUAGAGUAACAAAGCUUUAUGACGCAUAUUGUAAAUAUUUGGUUUCUUAUGAUCUUCUACCAUCAGAAGAAAAGCAAAAGCUUCAAGAAGAAGUUAUUGCAGAACAUGAAAAGUAUGUCAAGUUGCGCAAUUCAAAAGAGUUUGAUAGGGACGAAGAUAUAGAAGAAGAAGAAAAUUUGGAAUGUGUGACUAAGGGCCGAUCAAUGGCUUUAAGUAAUUUCUUCAGAAUAGCUAGAAACACAAUGAGUAUGUGGUUUAAAAAUGAUCAUCCUUUGACAGAAGACGUUGAGCAUGAAUUUUGGAAAAUUGUUACUGAAAGAAAUCAACAUGUUGUUGUCCAUGCUGGAAAUAUAGAUAGCAAUACUAGUCAAAGUGGAUUUCCAAGUAACAAAAGUGCUUUCGCAAAACAUCCAUGGAAUUUAAAGGUUUUAACAAAUAAUAAUAGGUCUAUAUUGAGAUCAAUGGGGCCAAUCUCAGGUAUAACAAGUCCCACUUUACAUGUUGGUAUGUUAUUCACUACUAGUUGCUGGUACAGAGAUCCUCAUUCAUUGCCAUGGAUUGAAUAUUUACAUACUGGUGCCAGUAAAAUUUGGUAUGGAAUUCCUGCUAUUGGUUCAGAGAAAUUCAAAAGUGCUAUGAAGAAAAUAGUGCCUGAAUGUUGUAUAGAUAAACCAUUGUGGUUAUCUUCUGAAUCAUCAAUGAUACCUCCUGAUCUGUUGGUUAAAAAUGGGUCAUCUUUAACUCGCACAAUACAAAAAAGUGGACAAUUUGUUGUCAUUUUUCCUGAAUCUUUCACAUCAACUAUAUGCUGUGGUUACUGUGUGUCAGAAUCGGUAUAUUUUGCUCCAACUUUAUGGCUGGAUUUAGCUGAAAAAGCUUUUCAGGAUAUAUAUAAUAGCUGUGAAUCACCUGCCUUUUCACUGGAAAAGCUGCUUUUUAGCAUAGCUAAUGAUCCUAAGCCACAGCUGAAAGUUCUUCAGAAAAUUUUGCCAAUGAUUGAAAACAUAAGAUCUAAAGAAAUGAGCUUGAGAGCUCAAUUACAUGAACUUGGUCUGACAGAGCUAGAAAGACUACCUACAUCAGAGCCGCCGAAAGACAAAAAGAAAAAGUCAAAAAGUGUCAUUUAUGAAAGUGAACCCGAGUGUGAAGUUUGUUCGGCCCCCUGUUACUUAUCAAGAGUAUUUUAUUCUCCUGAGGAUACAAUAUAUUGUCUUCCGCAUGCUUUAGAGCAGAUACAGAAGAAAAACUUGAAAUUAUGCAAAAUUGUAUAUGCUUAUGACGAGAGAGAUUUUGAUGAAAUUGUUAGAAGAAUAAAAGACCUUGUAUCUCAACUGCCAAUAAAUAUUCCUAAAAAGAAAUCUCCUAAGAAAAAACUGCUCCCAGUUGUAGAGAAAUAAAUUAUUGGACUCUUUGGUUUCAGACAAACCAAUUUUAAACUAUUUAAAUUUUAUUUAUUUAUGUUUUUAAACUCUAUGUUAUACUAAUCAGUGCCAUUUAUUCAAUUUUCAUACUUUCAUUAUUUAUAUAUUGCCAACAUUUUAUCAUUUAUAUAUUCAUCAUUUUUGCUGUAAAAAUAACGUAUACAAUCAUAUUUUGGUUUUAAUCAGUUUUUUUGUACUAAGCAUGUUUCAUGAAUUUCUUUUAAAAAUUAAAUGAAGUUACAAUCAAUGAAAAUAAACUAUGACUGAAGUUAAAUACUGAUGAAUUUAUUAAUGUAAACAGCAUGCUUUUUAAUAAAAAAAUACAUAUUCUGUUAUUCAUUAAGUUUUUGCAUUGAAAUAUGUUUGUAUAUAAUUGCAUGUUAUGUAUAAAUUAAAAUCUGUAAAUAAAAUGUGUCACGCUUGUUUGUUUGUUAAUUUUGCACAUGCUUUAAAAUGCAUUAUUUGUCGAAAUGUUUACAAAGUAAGAGUACUUUAUUAAACAUUAUAUUUAUUGAAUAUGUAUAUAAAUUGCUUGUGAAAAAAUUAAGAAACUUGAUAAAAUUUUGCAUUUUUUGAAAUGUAAGUGUUUUAAAUGAAGUAGCAUGUAUUAUUAUUGUGUAAUGUGAAUAAAAUGAAUAAACCUUUAAAAUUUG